AUGGAGGGGAAAAGAAGAAAUCAUAACGGCUUUAUUGUUUGCAGGCAAUGGUGCAUACAGCCAUUUUCUAUCACGAGGUGGCAAAAUGGCGACCCUAAACGUGCUGAUGAAAAUGCCUUUGGCAACCAAUCGACAAUACUACUGGAAUUUCGGCCGGAAGUCUUGCGCAAAUGGCUGCUCAACCAUUUCCGCACGAGGAAGAAAUCAAAUGAACGUACGAUAGAUGCUAUAAGGGAAACCGAAGGGAUCGGCAGGGAUUUCAGGAUAAUGUGCCUAAAGAUAGGUAGCAAGAAGAGAGUAAGAGUCCCCUUCGGCACUCUCGACGCACCCUUCUGACAA